AUGGAAGCCAUCAUGCAGAAACUUCAAGACCAACUCCAGACAAUGAAGGAAUCACUGGCAAUCGUUCAAAGCACAUACACCACCAUCAUGGAGACAAGGGCAAAUAUGAUAAAAGAAGCACCGGUCGACAUGCCGUACACCCACAUUGUCAUCACGGACACCUUCAUCAAAGACCUCGACCAAGACACCGUCAUUAUGUUGGACAUGUUCGAAACGAUGCAAGACAACAUGAGUUCAGCAACAGACAUCUGCAGGAAGAUCAUUCGAGACCAUGAAGCACCAUGA